GCGGUUCACUUUCCACAGACCUGAGGGGCUGAAAAGCAUCCGCCAAUCUGACUCUAUGGGCAUAAACUUUCCAUUCGUUUUGAUCUGGCCAUUUCACAGGUCCAUCGACGCCACGUCUUUAAAAGCAUAGGACUUUGCAGUUCGCUGAUAAGGAAUAUAUUCGGAGCUGUUGCCGAUUUACUAAAGAUGUCUAUAUUACCUUUCACGCCUCCGAUUGUGAAGAGACUGUUGGGCUGGAAGAAGGGCGAGCAGAACGGACAGGAGGAGAAAUGGUGUGAAAAGGCAGUGAAGAGUCUGGUGAAGAAGUUGAAGAAGACAGGACAGCUGGAGGAGUUGGAGAAGGCCAUCACCACCCAGAAUAUCACCACCAAAUGCAUCACUAUACCGAGGUCCCUGGAUGGCCGCCUGCAAGUAUCUCACAGAAAAGGCCUUCCCCACGUGAUCUACUGCCGGCUGUGGCGCUGGCCUGACCUGCAGUCUCACCACGAGCUGCGUGCUGUAGACUUGUGUGAGUUUGCUUUCCAUAUGAAGAAGGAUGAGGUGUGUGUUAACCCUUACCACUAUCAGCGUGUAGAGACACCAGUUUUGCCUCCAGUCCUGGUUCCUCGGCAUGCUGACAUCCCCACAGACUUCCCUCCACUGGAUGAUUUCAUCCCCGAGAACACCAUAUUCCGCGGCAUCGAGCCUCCGAGCAACUAUAUACGGACCCCUCCUCCGGGCUACCUGAGUGAGGAUGGGGAAACCAGUGACCACCAAAUGAACCACAGCAUGGACACAGGCUCCCCAAACCUUUCACCCAACCCUGUCUCACCUGCCAACAGCAACCUAGCUCGUGAUAGCGGGAUGGAUUCUGAUUGGCUGUCAGUGUUUGUAUCAUUCAUCACCUGGAAAAAAAUGGUUCUGAAAAUGAUUCCAACAAUAUCGGUAACAUAUUGUGAAUCCGCAUUUUGGUGCUCGAUUUCCUACUACGAGCUGAAUCAGCGUGUGGGCGAGACUUUCCACGCCUCCCAACCGUCUCUGACCGUAGAUGGCUUUACGGACCCCUCUAACGCAGAGCGCUUCUGCCUGGGCCUGCUGUCCAACGUCAACCGCAAUGCAGCCGUGGAGCUGACACGCAGACACAUCGGCCGAGGUGUGCGUUUAUAUUACAUCGGAGGUGAGGUGUUUGCCGAGUGCCUGAGCGACAGUGCUAUUUUCGUCCAGAGUCCCAACUGUAACCAGCGGUAUGGCUGGCACCCAGCCACAGUAUGUAAGAUUCCUCCAGGCUGUAAUCUGAAGAUUUUCAAUAAUCAGGAGUUUGCGGCUCUGUUGGCCCAAUCAGUGAAUCAGGGAUUUGAGGCCGUGUACCAGCUCACCCGUAUGUGUACCAUUCGCAUGAGUUUCGUCAAAGGCUGGGGGGCAGAAUACAGGCGGCAGACAGUGACCAACCCCUGCUGGAUAGAGCUGCAUCUCAACGGCCUGCAGUGGCUGGACAAGGUGCUCACUCAGAUGGGCUCCCCGAACCUCCGCUGCUCCAGCGUGUCAUAGGACGAAAACCUCGGCCCGUUUCACGUAACCAUACCCUUUCUAACGACAUCCUCUAUUGCUGCUGAAUGCCAAGCAAACAAAAAGAGCGAAACCAAGGACAGGGGGGAGGGAGAAGGAAGACGAACACCUGCUGGACUCCUCGAGAGCGUCACUUUAUCAUUGACAAGAUCCUAAUAUUUUGCUGGGGGCAAAAAUAGACAAGUACAGUCGAAGCACUUUGGACAACGACACUCAAGGAGCACGGAUGAUAUUUCUUCAGCGCGACGAGUUUGAAAUGAGGCGUUUCCUCAUUGUGAAUUUAAAUGUGAUAACGAAAUCUUGAUUUUUGUCCAUUUUUGUUGUGAUCAAGAAGUGUAUCGCACAUUUAAUUUGAUCUGAAGGUAUUACAAUCUUGGGCUCUGAAUAUGAUUGUUUAGAUUAAUAAACAUCCUCAAAGAGUGCUUUGUUUCCACCACCUUCAGUGAAGGGGUCUUGUGUGAACUUUUACAGUAUGUUUAGCCUGAAGCUAGUGCUUCGGGGAGCUGUUUGUGUGUAAGUAAAUUGCACUGCGCUGGAGAGGUCAAUAUAUAAUGUGAUUGCCUUUGGUCUCAUAUGCACGGUCGACCGGGUUUGUAUACAGGAACUGAGUGUGUAGAGUUAUAACAGAGGUACUUAGCCUUGAUUAUGGAAAGCACUUGUUUUGAAAAGCACCCAGUGAUGGUUUGAACAAAAAGAUAGCAUUGGAAAUUUGUCAGUGACAAAUGCUAGUAGCUAAUAGUGCCAUUUUUUUUUUUUUCUUGAACUCGAUGGUUACCGUUUGAAUUAUGCUCUGCAAAUACAUUUUGUAUUAAGUAUUUUUGCAUUAUAAACUGAACGGAGAUUGCGAAAGUAUAUUUUUACUGCUGCCAUAGGGUACUGUAAUUAAGAUCCAUGUCAUAGAUAUAACACAAAAAAUGGUCACAUCAGCAAAAAAUGUCUUCUGUCAACAAUGUUGUGAUUAUAUUUAGCAUCAGUCUUUCGUGUGAUCGCACAAACUCCUAUCGAAUGACUGGAUUUUCCCUGUGAACAUUUACAGAACCAUUAACGUGACCACCAUAAGUCACAACUUUUUUCUCUUUCAUCGCUUGAUUCAAUUGUUCUUUCGUUGAUUUUGUUCCGUGUGUGAUUGGCGCGUGAAAGGGAUGUCUAUAACUCAGGACUGUCAAUACAUUCAACUGAUUUUUGAGCUCGGAACUCACGUAACGACUAACAGCGUUUCAUACCACGCUAUUUUACUGUCAGUAAUUUCUGAGUGGCUUAAAAAAAACUUUCCACUGAAAAAACGGAAGGCGAGUACUGCUGGCAGCUCUUGAACGCUUGGACCCUUUGCUCAUCAGGUUAUUCGGAUCCCUUGAUUUGUUAGUACUGACAUUCAGCGGCUCACUUAAUGCAUGGUCUGGCUUUUAACAUGCAUCAGCAGUCCAAAAGCAUGCUUCUCAUUUUAUUAUUAGAUGUCUGCUCUGAAUCUCUGAUUAUAAAAAUCCUGACAAUCUCUUGAUUUUUUUAAAUUAAAUUGAUGUUUCAUUGAACGACUGACGCUUGUGUUUGAUUCCCCCCAAGCUGUUUUUUUUUGCUGUUAAAUCUUUAUCUUCGACUCAUCAGGGCCAAAGCACACAGUGGUCUGUUUUUGUUUUUGUUUCAGAUUUGUCCUUUUUGCCGGAAUAUUGUUUAUAUGCUUUUUUUCUUGCAUUCUUGAUUUGAAAGCAAAUACAACUUUCUCCGUCUUAUCGUGUCAGUAAUUUCAUUCAUAUACUGAAACUGGUGCUUAGUUUAUUUGCCCUGAAUUUCCUUUAUGCUUUUCUGUAACGUACACUCACCGUUUACUUCUCUCGCAUUCACUGUCAUAUUGACUUUUGUUAUGUAAGUUUUAAUAAUAAAAUGUUUUAAGAGCAA